AUGGCGGAACCGUACAUCGCAGACGAACAGGAAGCCGACUUCGAAGCAAUGCAAUUAUUAGAAAUGGGAUUGGAACCCGAAUUUGAAUUAUCCGAAUCCGAACCGGAGUCGCAGUCGGAAUACUUCGAGGAGGAAGAGGAGGAUUCCAUUCCCGUUGUAGAAUUGGAUUCUUCACCUGAGGUUUUGGUAAAUUCCGACCAAGAAACAACAACAGCAGCAGAAAAUAGGAACUUACAAGAAGAAGAUUUAGGAGUAGAAGUAGAAGAGGAGAGAAAUAAGCGAAGAAGAGUAGAGAAAUUAGGAGAUAGAGGAGACACGUAUUGCUCUCAUGGAGGAAAUGAUGGUGGAGAGAGCUCUCAAAGUAGUCAAUCGAACCGGAGUGAAAUUGAUGGCCUUUUCUGCCCUAUUUGUAUGGAAGCAUGGACCAGUGAAGGCGACCAUCAUAUCUGUUGUCUUCCUUGUGGGCAUUUGUUUGGUCUUUCUUGCAUUGAGAAAUGGUUAAGGCAACGUGGAAGGUUGGCCAAGUGUCCUCAAUGUAAUAGAAAAAGUGCACUGAAGGAUGUUAGGAAAUUGUUUGCACCGAGGAUUGCUGUUGUUGAUGAAGAAUCACAGAAGAGAAUUCGAUUUCUUGAAGAAAAAUGUGCUUCUUUUGUAAAAAAGGAUGCUGAUAUGUGUAAGAAAGAAACUGAAUGGAAAAGGAGAGAAGCUGCAAUGCAACUUGAACUUCAAAAGUGUAAAGUGAGAACAACUUAUUUGGAGCAUUUAUUAGGAGAUUUGCAGAGCAGGCAAUCUGGGUUUGCCACUGCUGUUAGGGGCUCACAAGGACAAUAUGAAUCUGGAAAUAGCAUCUACUCUGAUUUCUACGGGCAACGAUCUUCAAGCAGUUUUAUGUUACAGAGAGAGUUGCGGGCGGAUGGUGCACGUUUGUUUGAUAUUGAUGCUUCUGGUCAAAUUUUAUUGCUUGCGCGAAGGGUACCUAUGAUGGGUGGAUCACACUUACUUACCAAAAUGAGCUUGAUUCCUCCACAUGAUAGUGAAGAUAUUUUCCUUCCUCCUGGCACAAAAAUCAUAAAGGACCUGCAUAUUUCCCCUUAUAAUGGAAGUCUCGCGCUUUUUGCUUCCUUAGGCAAGAAAUUGUCAAAUGGUUCACUUUUGGUGUUUGAUAUGCGUAGAACUGCGGGUCCUGUAGAAUCCAGAUUAGGGCUUACAACCAACCCAAUUCAUACAGUACAUUCCCUUAAACAUAUCUCAACUCUUCCUUCUGGUGUUAAAGCAGUGGUAUCUGCUUCCUCCAUUGGGAUGUGUCAAUGGAACUUUGGUGGUGAGGAAGAAAGGCCAUUUUCUAUUCCUGAAACAACAAAUCAAGGAGUUUGUAUAUCCCUUGCUUAUUGUACGAGCAGUGAUGACAUUGUUGUUUCAUAUCGUCCCAGAGUUGAAUUGUCUCAUGAGGCUGUUUCUCAACCUUUACUUACACCUUCCCUUGCUACUGGGCAAGGAGUACUGGGUUCCCAUCUUCAUUUGAAGAGAUUAGGCAGCAAUUAUGAGAAAUUGGGUAUUGCAUGUGCUACCGUAAGUGAUAUUAGACUGCCCAAAUCUAGCAUCAUAGACAGAGGGAAUCAGAAGCCUCUAUUUGCCGCUGGGGAUGAAGCUGCUUGUGGAUUGAUCUUGCAAGAGUUGCCAUCUUUUACAGUUGUUCAACGUCUAAAGUCACACCAGCAUUUUAUUUAUGAUGUGAAGUCUGAAAUCUUUGAGGAGGUGAUCAGCCCAGGUGUUUUGAUCUUCUGUCCAGUUGAAGUCUGA